GGAGCCCCGCUGCGGGAGGGCUUAAGAGCUAGAAACGAACUUUUAAAUUGAACGAAGCAUACAAAAACUUUGAAAGCAUCUCUGGGCUCUGAAAACUCGCACUAAGGAACCCCACUGGAUGGGAUUGUUCUUGGGCACUGGUGAUUCAUGAAGUUUGGAAAAGGGUUAGUUUCCAAUUGUAGAACCGACCGGGGCAGGAGUGGGGGGAGUGGGAGCUGCGGUCCGAGGAGUGAUAGGGAAGGCGCUCAUUUUUGGAAAUCCUAUAGACAAAGAAUAUGGGGGUGGGGGCAAUGGCUUAAACUUGCACUGCCUGUGGGCAGAGCGUAGAAUCAGUGGGAGGAAAUGCGGAGCCUCUUGGUGUGAGCAGCCUCGGCUGUUGGGGAAUUGCUGGAAUUUCACCCCCACCCCCAUUAUUUCUUUUUUCUCACAUUGCUCGAUUGUGUUGAAACAUUAAAACAGCUUAAAAGUACACUUCUGCUGACCAGUGCGUGUGCUGUUCUUUUCUAACUUUCUAGUUCUAGGAGAGGAGGCAUAUGCUGGGGGAUGACAAUAAACAAAACUGCCCACCUAAGUGUAGCAGUGCACCAGAGGUCCGUGUAUGUGAGUUUCUGGAGAGUAGUUUUGCACUCGAAAUCAGAAAUGUCGUGGCACGUAUUGUUACCACCAGCAGCUGACUUCUCUAUUUUGCGCAUGUGUUCUGGUUAAACUAAAAACAUGCAUGCAAUCAACUAAUGUACGGAACUUCUAGGAUUUGCUGCAAUAGGUUAUGAAUAGUUUUCACUUAAUACCUUUAAAUUGACUUGGGCACUGGCUUUCGAAAAAACAAAAAGAAGAAGAAAGAAAAGGGAGUUGCUUCACUGAGGCGCUCAGCUUUCCUGUUUACCGCGAGGCGGGGCGGGCCUGGAGGCCCACACCUCACUGCGCCCUCGGACUCUGAGCACAUCUGCUCCCACAGAGCUAUUAAUAGAGCCACAAAAUGACUUACGCUGUCACAUAAUUUACGUGCAAAUCUGAUGUCUUACGUGGUGAUUGGGAGGUGGUGCUUCUCUCUUUGAGCUGGGGUGGGAGUGGGGGCGUAGAAGCGCCUACCGCCCUUAGAUGGGCAGUUGGGUCUUUUCGGAAGCCAGCCAGAGGGCUGGUGCUGAGAGCGCCCGCUGAGGUGGUGCCUGCUCCAGAGAAUCUCCCUGCUGGAAAUCGGAGUGGGGGUGAUGGAGGCGAGCGGCAGUUUCCGAGGCCCUCUCCAGCCAAGGAAAGCUACACAAAAAAACCUGGAUCUCUCACUGAACCCCGGCUGCAGACAGUGAGGGCUCGCUCGGCCUCGCCCUCUAGCGUUCGUCUGGAGAAGCGCCACCCCCGGGUUCCUGGGGACACAGUGCCGCGCCAUGGGGUCCACCAGCAUCCCGCUGGUCAAGGCCCUCCGCAGCUCUGUCUCCGAUUAUGUCAACUACGAUAUCAUCGUCCGGCAUUACAACUACACCGGGAAGCUGAACAUCAGCGCGGACAAGGAGAACGGCAUUAAGCCGACCUCCGUGGUGUUCAUUCUCAUCUGCUGCUUCAUCAUCCUGGAGAACAUCUUUGUCUUGCUGACCAUUUGGAAAACCAAGAAGUUCCACCGACCCAUGUACUAUUUUAUUGGCAACCUGGCCCUGUCAGACCUGCUGGCAGGAGUGGCCUACACCGCCAACCUGCUCUUGUCCGGGGCCACCACCUACAGGCUCACGCCCGCCCAGUGGUUCCUGCGGGAAGGGAGCAUGUUCGUGGCGCUGUCUGCGUCGGUGUUCAGCCUCCUGGCCAUCGCCAUCGAGCGCUACAUCACCAUGCUCAAGAUGAAGCUGCACAACGGCAGCAACAGCUUCCGCUCCUUCCUGCUCAUCAGCGCCUGCUGGGUCAUCUCGCUGGUGCUGGGCGGCCUGCCCAUCAUGGGCUGGAACUGCCUCAGCGCGCUGCCCAGCUGCUCCACGGUGCUGCCGCUCUACCACAAGCACUACAUCCUCUUCUGCACCACCGUCUUCACCCUGCUCCUGCUUUCCAUCGUCAUCCUCUACUGCAGGAUCUACUCUUUGGUCAGGACUCGCAGCCGCCGUCUGACCUUCCGCAAGAACAUUUCCAAGGCCAGCCGCAGCUCGGAGAAGUCGCUGGCGCUGCUCAAGACGGUGAUCAUCGUCCUGAGCGUCUUCAUCGCCUGCUGGGCGCCCCUCUUCAUCCUGCUGCUGCUGGACGUGGGGUGCAAGGUCAAGACCUGCGAGAUCCUCUUCCGGACCGAGUACUUCCUGGUGCUGGCGGUGCUCAACUCGGGCACCAACCCCAUCAUCUACACCCUGACCAACAAGGAGAUGCGCCGGGCCUUCAUCCGGAUGGUGUCCUGCUGCAAGUGCCCCAGCAGGGACUCCGCCGGCAAAUUCAAGAGACCCAUCAUCGCUGGCAUGGAGUUCAGCCGCAGUAAAUCCGACAACUCAUCCCACCCCCAGAAGGACGAUGGGGAGAACCCAGAGACCAUCAUGUCUUCCGGAAACGUCAACUCUUCUUCCUAAGAGCAGAAGCUGCCCACCCGCUGGAAGGCUCUGAACAUGGUCGCCCACCACCCCAGUGUCAGGAAAGAAGAGUCUCUGGGCUCCCAAUGCUGCCAGGGAGGAGCUGGCAGGGGAGUACGAACAGCCUGGCGGUGCCGGGUGUUGGUGGGUAGAGUUGGUUCCUGUGAACAAUGCACUGGGAAGGGUGGAGAGCAGGUCCCGGCCUGGAAUAUAUUUCCUCUCCCCCUGGGAGCUUUGAUUUUGCACUGAGCCAAAGGUCUAGCAUUGUCAAGCUCCUCAAGGGUUCUGUUGGCCCCUCCUCAAAGACUAAUAUCCCCAUGUGAAAGCGUCUCUUUGUCUGGGCUUUGAGGAGAAGAUGUUUUCUUUCACUUUAGUUUCAAGCCCAAGUGAGCACAGCCUGCACUUCUGCUUCUCUGGGGAUGCUUUGGGUAUCCCGUCCUCCCUCCACUCCCCUUCUCAAAAUUCUUUUACUUUAUAUUUUAACUACCUGGCAUCCAUCAGACCUGAAGUGGUGGCACAGUCCAUUUCCCCAUCAUCUGUAGCAGGCAGGCUCUGUGGAACAGGUAGGGGUGAGGGGAUGGAGAUGGUUUGGAGGUGUAAAGCAAUGUGCAUGUGCUGAGGCCAAAGUUCCCAUGUUAGGAGGAUCAGGCUUUUGGAUUUGGUUGAAGUCACUUUUACUUUUGAAAAAGCAUCUGUUCAAUGAAAUGUGCUACAGUUUCAUAUUCACUGUGACUGAGAGCUGAGGUGGGAAGCCCACUUUAUCCCUGGGAUACCAGCCAGGAUCCUUUGUGUCAUAGGAGAAACAGGCCAGCAAUAUAAGGUGAAAACCGAGGGGGUUAACUGUUGUAAACCAAGGGAGAUUUCUGAAUGAAUUAGUCCAACAAAUACACCAUCUGUCUUUGGCACUUUUGUUGAUAUUUAUCUCGGAGUGUUGUGUGAUUCAUUUUGAGCAACAGGAUGGUUGUAUUUUGUUGUAUCAAAAGUUCUUUUCCUGAUUUUUGAAUGUAUUUGUUUCAGUGGAAGUCAUUUUAAUGGAUUUUUUUUCUAACCUGUGUUAACACCAUUGAAUGUGUAUUAUCUUAAGAAAAUUACCACUCUCUUGUGCCCUUAAAAGCAUUAUUUUAACUGGUAGGGAACGCCAGAAGUUUUUCAGUUCAGCUGUUCAUUAGAUAGGAAUUGAAGAUGUGUAUAAAUAUUACAAAGAAAUAAAAAUAUAUUACUGUCUCUUUAGUGCAAUUAAAGCAAGAAAUGUCCUUUUUAAAAAAAAUGGUAUUUAAUAGGUUUCUGACUUGUGGGUCAUUUUGCACAUAGCUCUAUCAACUUUUAAACAUUAAUAAAUUGAUUUUUUUAAAGA